AGUCUGACGCUUUUGGAGAGGGUCAGCCAGUAGUGUUGGACGAUGGCAGCAUGGCCUACCUACAUAGCGCAGCUAAAGAAAGUUAUGACCCCAGCACCUUCGAGGCCGUCCAGCUGGAGGAUGGCUCCACUGCCUACAUCCACCAUCCUCUCACUGUGCCUCCUGGCAGCACCAUCCUGGAAGUGCAGGCAGAAACUGGGCUAGCCGAGCUGGCUGGAGAGGAGGAGGAAGAUGCCUUGGAUGUCGAGACCAUGAAUGCCUUAAAGCAGUAUGCCAGUAAGGUGUCCGCUGAGGAAGAGGAGGGGCUGACAGACACUUGCCUCGCGAAGAGCAAGAGCUCCAGCGAUGUCCCUGCCCAGGAUUUGCAGGAGGAGGAGGUGCACAGCGCUGAGAAGGGGCAGCAGGCCGGCAGCAGAGCUUUCCGCUGCGGGUACAAAGGCUGUGGCCGCCUCUAUACCACAGCCCACCACCUGAAGGUACACGAGCGCGCCCACACAGGUGACCGGCCGUACACGUGCGGCUUCCCAAGCUGUGGGAAAGCAUUUGCUACAGGGUAUGGGCUGAAGAGCCAUCUGAGAACACACACGGGUGAGAAACCGUACAAGUGUCCGAAGGAUAUGUGUAGCAAAGCCUUCAAAACCUCCGGGGACCUACAGAAACACAUCCGGACGCACACGGGUGAGCGCCCCUUCAAGUGCCCCUUUGUGGGCUGCGGCCGCUCCUUCACCACGUCCAACAUCCGGAAGGUUCACAUCCGAACGCACACAGGCGAGCGGCCCUACAUGUGUCCGGAGCCGAGCUGCGGAAGGGGCUUCACCAGUGCCACCAAUUACAAGAACCACAUGAGGAUCCACACAGGAGAGAAGCCGUACGUGUGCACCGUGCCGAGCUGCGGGAAGCGCUUCACCGAGUACUCCAGCCUCUACAAGCACCACGUGGUCCACACGCACUGCAAGCCCUACACCUGUAGUAGCUGUGGGAAGACCUACCGCCAGACCUCCACGCUGGCCACGCACAAGCGCAGCAGCCACGGCGAGCUGGAGGCUACGGAGGAGAGCGAGCGGGGCCUCUGCGAGCAGCGGCGGGAGG